AUGGCCCAGGAAGCAAUCAAUAUAAAUCGGUUGAAAGAUAAGUUUAAAUCUUUUUUGUGCUCUAACAAAGAUUUGAGUUCCAGAAACAGCGGAAACACUUCAACUGGAUCAACAAAAGAAGCAUCGACAGCGUCAAGGACAAAGAACAACAAAUUCCAAAAACCACAAGAAAAUCGAUCGAGGUCGAUUGGAGUCAAAUGGAUGUCAAAUCAAUGGAUGGAGUCAAAGAGACUUCGAUAUCCGACGACCACUACUUUGGAUGAAUUGCAUCAACGGGCGGAACAAUGCAAGCUGAUGCUUUUGGAAUGUCAAAAAAGACAAGGAGAAGCCGAUAACUGGACGCAUGAGAGUAGAAAAUCAAAUCGACGACGGACACCCAGCCACGAACCACAAACCAUGGUUCACGACUCACUUAAACCGAGCUUCAUCACUGGACGGCAGCAGCAAGAUAAACUAAUCGACGACGGACGGAUAGCCAAUCAACGGCCACGACCACCCAAUGGAAAUGGACAAUCGACGACGGACGAGGGAGAUAUCAUUAAUUCUCAAAACCCACAAACCCAAACCAACUACCAACUCCAAACUUCACUCCAAGAAGUCUCCAAGACUCCAAGAAGUUUCAUCAACUACCCAAUCAGCUUCACACAGCGAAGUUCAACUGUUACCGGGACGACAAAUGGAGGAACGAUGGAUGGCUCAAAAAACCGAAAGAUGAUGAUGCAUUCGACGUUGGUCCGUCAUGGAGCCGCCAUUGAGCAACUUCUACUAGGACAAGAGACCUCGGCAGAACUAUCUGAAAUUCUCAUUGACAACUGGGCAGAUGCUGUAAUUGCUCAGCCGUCGAGUUUCUUGAUCAGAGCGAUUGUUUGGGUAUGCUGUGGACUGUCAGCCAAACCGAAAACCGGAGAAGAGAAAAAGAGGAUUUACAAAGGAAACGAGAUGAAGACACGUUUAAAGAAAGUAUACGACAAUUUUGCACUUCUGGCAUUUGACGAAAAUCUAAAUCAAAGUGCAUUGAAUUCGCCAAACUUUAUAACAUUGUUCCAAGAUUUCAUCGAAGCUGAUGGUAUGUGGAAUGACAAACGAGGAGAUGAAUACGUGAAGAAGAAGCUUGAAAAGGACGACAUCGAGGGAAUUUCAAAUGCUUGGUAUUCUCCGAAUGGUUCCCGAAUUUGGGAGAAACUGAUGGAAACGUGCUCGGAAGAUUCUCGCAGUUUGUUGUGGCUCGAGUUUUGCAGUAAAAAUGUUUCUGAAUUGACGGAUAACAAGUUUUCCAACUUUCCACUUCAAAAAAUCAUCAACAGCUCAACUUCUUUGGAAAUGGUCACUGAAAUUGUUGAAUCAAUGUCCACAAAGUUGUCAUAUUUGAUCGAUCAUCAACAUUCUGGUGUUUUUCUCGCAUUCAUUCGAUGCGCUGGUAGACAUCCAUCUUCUGAAAAGUCAAUUCUUCAGCAGUUGCGAAAGCACUUCCGGUCUGCUUCCGAAGCAAAGAAAGGACAAUUCCUAUUGAAUGUUCUAACGCUCAAUAAGUACGAUGGAUCGCACUUCGAUGCUCAAAUGUUCACACCGAAGCAAAACUCUUGGGAAACACUCAUCACUGACACGUAUGGAAGUCGAGUUUUCGAGAAAAUUUGGAGUUUCGUAGAUGUAAAACGAAAACAAGAAAUUAUGAAAGUUCUUGUUGAAAUUCAUUAUCAGGGCCUGACUGUGUACUCCCAGUGCCACCUGUUAAAUACAAGUUUUGUGCUUGAAACUGGUGAAAAGGGGCGGAGUUUCCAUAGGAUAAUCAACCCAUCGAACGAGAUUAGUCAGUUUAUCACUGUAUAA